AUCACACUCGGCUUCCAUAUUUAUGACAAUAAGGAGACUUUUAGGAGGAUUUCCUGGAACAGCCUCUCUCUUCUGUCCACACGAAGCCGGAUGGUUCCAGCUUACAAAUGUGACAAGCAGGAAAGACUUCUUUCUGUCAUUGGAGGUCUCAACUCCCAACACUCAAGGCAGAUGGCCUCCAUCUUCAGCAUCUUCAAGGUCCCACAGAAGGUGCCCUUUGCCAGGUGUGGAAGGAAAAGGUGCCAUGCAGGAGAGAGGAGAAGAGUUCCAGAGGGCAAGCAGGUUUGCUGCUACCAGUGUGACGCUUGUCCAGAAGGGACCAUUUCUAACAAGACAGCAGACCACUGUGACCAUUGUCCAGAAGACAUGUAUCCCAACAAGGACAAGGACCACUGCAUUGCCAAGAAGAUCCACUUCCUUGCCUAUCAUGACACCCUGGGAUAUGUUUUAGCAUCUCUCACUCUUUCUCUGUCUGUGAUCACAUUGGCAGUUCUGGCAAUUUUCCUUAAGCAUCGUGAGACACCGAUCGUCAAGGCCAACAAUCGAGAUCUCACCUACAUCCUCCUGGUCUCCCUCCUGCUCUGCUUCCUAUGCUCCUUCCUCUUCAUUGGUCGACCCAGGAAGUUCACCUGUCUCUUCCAACAAACUAUCUUUGCCAUUCUCUUUUCCCUUGCGGUUUCCUCUGUCUUGGCAAAAACUGUCAUGGUGGUUCUGGCCUUCAUGGCUACCAAACCAGGCAACAGAGGACGGAAACUCCUAGGAAAACCUCUGACCAACUCCAUUGUCUUAGCCUGUCCCCUGGUCCAAGCACUUCUUUGUGCCACCUGGCUGGCAAACUCUCCCCCAUUUCCAAACUUGGACUUCCACUCCUUGUUUGGAGAGACCAUCUUGGAAUGUAAUGUAGGCUCAGCUUUAAUGUUUUAUGCUGUCCUUGCCUAUCUGGGUUUCUUAGCCCUCAUCAGUUUCACGGUGGCCUUUCUGGCUAGGAAAUUGCCUGACAGCUUUAAUGAAGCCAAGUUCAUUACUUUUAGCAUGCUGGUCUUUUGCAGUGUUUGGAUCACUUUCCUCCCCACCUACCUGAGCACCAAAGGGAAGUCCAUGGUGGCUGUGGAGAUCUUCUCCAUCUUGGCCUCUGGGGCUGGUCUCUUGGCUUGCAUCUUUUUCCCAAAAAGCUUCAUUAUCCUGCUAAGGCCCCACCUUAACUGUAGGGAAAAUAUGAUAAGGAACAAAAAUUUCUAA